AUGCCACCAAAACCAGCUAUUGAAAUCAGUGCUUCAACUGUAUUUGAUCUCAAGGCUCAACUUGCGCAACACACUGAACAAUUUGAACGAGGAAGAUCAGGUGGUAAACAAGUAUCUGCAGCAACAAGAAGAAGUGAUAAGAAACCAACUGUUUGGGCUAGACAAAAUAAAGGUGUUUCAAGUAGAUCAGAACGAGAUGCACCUGUACUAGAGGCAGUCGAGUCUGAUGUUUUGAUGAAGAGUCGAGAAGCUUUGGAACGUAAAGCAAGACUGUACGAUCAAAUGAGUCGGCAAGUGAAUCCGAAUGAUGAGGAUGAAGAUAUAUUGAUUGACUUUGAUCGCAAGUACUGGCAACAACGCGAGAUGAAUACUACUAGACAACCGAAACGAAAAGACAGAAAGGACGAUGAAGAAGACGAUCCUUGGGUUGAGCAUGAGGAUGAGUUUGGUCGUACACGGGUAAUCCGAAGAAGUCAAAUACCGUCACGAUCGCCUUCUCCUAUACGAUCACGAUCACGAUCACGAUCACGAUCACGAUCACGGUCUCGUUCACGUUCACGUUCUCCUGGAAACUUUAUUCCAAGAGAUCCAAACCAACUUGCUGAUCGAUCCAAUAUACUACAUUAUGAAGCUGACCGAGAGAUCCGAACCAAGGGAGUGGGCUUUUACACGUUUUCAAAGGACGAAGAGGGACGUGAGGAGCAGUUGGAGCGGCUGAAUGCGCUGCGAAGGGAGACCGAAGAGGCCCGGAGGAAUGCACAGAGUGUGGCGUCCAAGCGAAAGGCGAUAAUGGCGCGUAAUGCACAAAAGAUUCAUGCAAGACGAGCAGCCAUACAAGGGAAAUCGACACCGACUGACAAGGAUGAUGACAAAGAUAAUAAUAAUAUUAGGGUUAAUGAGGAUAGUGUGACUGAAUUUUUGCGGUCCGUGCGAAGGAAGAUUGAAUGA